AUGACAGAAGUGAGUAUAAAGAUAGAAGAACAAUCAAGAGAACUCAGCGAAAUUCAUAGAGAACAAAGAGAAUAUAGAGAAGAAAUAAGACAGUUACGACAAGAGAAUGUAACAUUACGAGAGGAAAACACAAAACUAAAACAGGUAGUUUUUCAAAUAGAAGAACGGCUAGAAAGUUUGGAAAAUGGAAAAAGGCGUAAAAAUAUAGUUAUACAAGGCAUGAACAUAAAUAAAAAUGUCCUAGAGACUCUAAAACAAGAAAUAAACAAUUUUAUACAAGUAGAAUUAGCAGUCGAUGUUCAAAUAGAGAAGGUUGUGAAGCUGGGAGAAAAAGUCUGUCUGGUUGAGCUUGAAAAAGAAGUGGACAAAAGAAAAGUUAUGCGAAACAAAAGCAAAUUAAGAAACCGAAGAAAAUGUUACAAUGUUACAAUUGAUAUAAACUAG